AUGUUAUAUAUAUAUGAUUAAAAUUAUUUUUUAUGUAUAAAUAUUAGAAAUUAAACUUCCUUCGAUUAAUUUUUAUAUUUAUUUAUGAACCCUUACUGAAAAUGGCGGCUCCGCCACUAAUUUAGAAGAUGAAUGAUAAAACACCAAACACUUGGGCCAAUGGGACUUUUUACCAAAUUUUUUUCCCAAAAACAUUAACAAAACAACAAAGUUACGUGUGUCUCUUUCUAUUCUACACGUAUAAGUUUGUACUGUCAAACACAAAAAAACAGUGCGAGAAAAUUCAAGAAUGUCAUAACAAAGUGCAAGUGAAUAGCAGAAUAGUUGAUAUUUGCUGACACCCUUUUUGGAUUUUCGGAAGUUCUCUCGAGCGGUUGUGAGCUGGUGAAGAUACUUGCUAGCGGAAAUCUUAAACUUCUGUUUUAAUUUAGGCAGAAUGGAUCCCAAUACUCUUGGAGCUUCACAAGCUGCAGCUAAGAAUGACGAUACCACAAAGAAUGAAGGCAUCGAGUCCUGUAGAACAUCGCAACAGGCUUCUGGGGAAGAAACAUCUGAAGUGAAUCAAGGUCAAGGUGGUAAACACGUAGCAGCUGAUGUGGCCCCGGAACAUGAGAAAUCUCACGGCGAUGUAAACAUGGAGGCGGAUAUCACUAUGGAUGACGUAAUAAAAGCUGGGGGUCUAGGAGCAAGAGAUGAUUUAAAUAGUGUUCUUCCUAUGGCAGCUGAUACCACCGACUUUGAAGCUUCUAUUCGUGAUGCUUGGGAAUAUGAAGGGCAACGUGAAAGCAUUAGUCGACCUGGACUUGGCUGGACAGAACCUGCAAAGAAGUAGAUCUAUCCCUGCUACAACUUGAGGUGGACUUUCAAGGUGUUCUUCAGUUUUACUGUCACUUUUAAGACUCUUCGUUCAGCUACUGUUGAUUGAACGCGCCCUUAUGUGUCUUAUGGUUGUUCAAACAAUAAGUCCUAUCUCCGUGAAUGAAAUUAAUUUUUAACUCUGA